GGCCGGGCUCUGUCGUAAGUGGUUCGAAGGCGUCGCUGCUCUUCGAGCGGAGGACGCGAAGCAAACCUCGGGGCCGCCUGGGUCGCAUGCAACCCGCGGGACGGCCAGCAGAGGGCAGGGGCUAUUGCCGGUCUCCCCCGCCUGGGCCUCUCUGGUCGCUCCCGCUUGCCGAGCAGCACCAGCGGCGCUUCCAGCGGCAACAUCCGUCGCGGCCGCCGCCGCCGCCGCCGCCUCGCAGGCUUCUGUUUGACAAGGAAGGGAGCGGGGAGGCGCGUGAGGCGACGCGAUGCCGCUAGGCCUGAAGCCGACAUGCAGCGUGUGUCGCACCACCUCCUCCUCCAUGUGGAAGAAAGGCGGCCAGGGCGAGAUCCUUUGCAACAACUGCACGGGGCGCCCAGGGCCGGCCGGCGCCGGAGGAGCCGCCUACGCCACCACCUCGGCUGCCGCCCAGCACAGCAACGGCGGGAGCGGCGGGGGCGGCGGCGGGGGGGGGAAGCAGAGUAAGCAAGAAAUUCACAGGAGAUCUGCUCGACUGAGGAACACAAAGUACAAGUCUGCUCCUGCAGCUGAAAAGAAAGUUUCUACUAAAGGAAAAGGGAGAAGGCACAUUUUUAAGUUAAAAAAUCCUAUCAAAGCUCCAGAGUCCGUAGCUACUAUAAUUACAGCAGAAUCUAUCUUUUAUAAGGGAGUUUACUAUCAGAUUGGAGAUGUUGUUUCAGUAAUUGAUGAGCAGGAUGGUAAAACAUACUAUGCUCAAAUUAGAGGGUUUAUUCAAGACCAGUACUGUGAAAAAAGUGCAGCUUUAACAUGGCUGAUUCCUACUACAGCUAGCCCCAAAGACUGUUUUGACCCUGCAACUUACAUAAUAGGACCAGAAGAAGAUCUCCCAAGAAAAAUCGAAUACUUAGAUUUUGUUUGUCAUGCGCCAUCGGAGUAUUUCAAGUCUCGAUCAUCCCCUUUUCCUACCAUUCCUACCAGGCCAGAAAAAGGUUAUAUCUGGACUCAUGUCGGACCUACUCCAGCAAUCUCAAUCAAGGAAACUGUGGCCAGCAGCUUGUAGGCUGUCUUUAGAAAUUCCACAUAUAUAAUUUUAUUACAAAUUCUUGUGUAUUGUUACCCACCUGGCCCUAGAAGUGGCUUUUAUUUAUUUUUUAAAAAAUAUGGGUGCCUUUGUUAAAAUCAAGUCUUCUCUAAAAUUUGCUUUUGUUUUCUCUGUCUAAACUACAUUACUCACCUUUGUUGUGAGGGCUAUAUUUUGUAUGUCUCACUUGUGUUAUGUAGAAAUAUACCAAUGUUACUACUUUCUGUACAGUGUCUAUGUCAAUCUGCAAAAGAACACUGAUCUAAUAAUUAGGACUUGAUAUUGAUGUGAUUGUGGGUGAAUGAGUGUAGAGAUCCAGCUGAAAAACCUUAUUUUAUUCUAAAAAUGUCAAUGCCUCUAUGAAGAUAGUCUAAGCUAUGGGUUGAAAACUCAUUCAAAAACUAAGUAAGUAUGAGCUGGUAAGUACCUGGCUAGGAGAUCUAGGAGAAACCUUUGUAUACUACUGAGUUUAAUAAAGGUAAGGUACACAUUUAGAAUUAAACCGAAGAACUAAGCCCAACAUGUCAACUGUGCAGGCUUGUAAAUAACCACUUAAGUCUUUGUGAAUAAGGUAUGCAAAAUAGGAAAACCUUUGGAAAUUGAUUUCAUAGAGGGCCGGAGAAGUUAGUAAAAUAAUUGAUGGCAUUUUGUUGACUUAAUUUUAUAACUUGUAACACAAGUUAUACAAAUACUUGUAAUCUAUAAACACAUUCAUUGAAUAGUCACAAAGUGGUGACUAAAACUUGUAACCGUUUAAAAAUGUAGCUGUUUGUCCUACAUGUCCUUGCUAAAAAAUUCAGUGUACUUAUGAACAGAAAUGCACAUAUGUACGCAUGUAAGAUACUUCAGCCAGUCCUUGAAUGCCUUCAGGAAUCACAUAGCUGGGAAGUUCUUAUACAUAUACGUUCACGAAGAUGAACUUUAGAAAAUGUUAACAAUUGGUUAUGCAACUCAAUGGAAAAAUGCAUAUGCAGAUCUUAUUUUGAGCUAUUAUAUGUAAGAGUGAAAUAACCUUGCUACAGGGUAGGGGGUAGAUGUUUUUAAAGGCUUAUUUUACUUCAAAACCAUUUGUGGAUCCCCCCCAUUGUUUCUCAGAUCAGUAGUUAUUUGUAUGCUGAUCACUUUGCUGUUUACUUAAAAUGAAGUAACACUGAAUUUUAUUUAAAACAAAACCCUAGAUUUACUAUACUGCUUCUAUUUACUGGUACCUUUUAGAAGUAUGCUGUAUA